AACCGUUCUUUGCUACAAGUGCUGAGGAAGAGGCUUCGCAAGGGGAAAGACAGGAUUCCGAACCAGUCAGCUUCGAGGAGGCACACUCUAAACGGAUCUUCAACUACCGCCUAAGCAGAGCCCGUCGAGUGGUCGAAAAUGCAUUUGGAAUAAUGGCUCAAAGGUGGCGCAUCCUGCGUCGCCCUUUCAAAGCCAAAGAUGACAACAUCAGACGAAUCAUCUCUGCAUGCGUGGUUCUCCACAAUUUCAUGAUGAAGGAGUCUGAGACAUCUCGAUACGCCUACUGCCCUCCUGGGACAGCUGACCACGUUGACUGGCAGGGGAACAUCGCAGAAGGCAGCUGGAGGGCGGACGGCACCAGCAGUGAUGCGCUGCCACCUCUGCCAAAGACUGGCUGCCAUGCCACAAGGAUCGCUUACAAAGUGCGGGACCUCCUUGCGAAGCAUUUCAUCACCAUUGGCAAGGUGCCUUGGCAAGAACGCAAGAUCAUGGACAAGAGCCUGUGCAGUGGUGUUGCACAGGGCGGCGACUCAACUGUCUCUGACGGCUCGUCCAAGACAACGGCAACAUAGCUGUCGUCCUCUAGCUGGCCCUCCUCUGCGAUACCUGUGCUGCUGCUCGUUGUUGGCCCCGGAUCAUCCACACUUGAUGCUCUGUGUGAAACGUCAUUGGAAAAGAUUAACUAGUGUGAAAGAAUUGUUAUGUGCAAAUUCUCUUCACUAUGGCAUGAAGUAGUAUUCGUCUUAAACGAGCACUGAUUGUUACUUUGAGCAGCCACUUAUUUAUAAAUAGCAUUUUUAGUGGUACAAGUGCAUGUUUUCAGACACACUGACAAGAAAAUGUGGUGUAUCUGAGUAGACCCACUUCCGAGGAGAAAUACCUUGAGGUGCCUGUGGACCUUAAUUGCAUGCUAACAUGUGUCCUGUGAAGCUGACACGUAUUACAAAGUGGAGGAAUUUUCUUGUACACUAGACCUUCUUGACCAUAUAUUUAUAGCAAAAAGUGAAUAUGGUGGUUGUUAGAGCUCACUUUAUAAAAUGUGAGGGUAAUUUUGAACUUGAAUCACGUGACGUGGUAUUGCGUUACCACCCCUGCUUUGCUUCAUUAAAAAGUUUUCCUAAGCACCUUCACUCUCCUCACCAUAUUUUUUCACAUGCUCAUGUGAUCGUUACCAU